AUGGAUUUCUCCAACAACAACAAAUCCUCUAGAUCGAGUUCUUUGACAGUUGGGGAGCGAAUCUGUGCCGCGUUUAUACCAUUUGUAGCGAUAAUUGAGAUUUUUAUAUUAGCUGUUGGUAAUUGCUUUGAGUACCGGCUAACCGUUAAAAAAAGUCGCUGCGGCUUCAAAGAUCUAGCUCGCCUUGCUGAUGAAUCUCGAUUGGUUGGAAAUGAUAUUGCAGUUACUGUUAAUGAACUGGAGGCAUUGUAUGAGCUUUAUAAGAAGUUGAGUAAUUCGAUUGUCAAAGAUGGCUUGAUUCACAAGGAAGAGCUUCGAUUAGCACUAUUCCAAACUGCUCACGGGGAGAAUCUUUUUCUGGACCGGGUUUUUGAUCUUUUUGAUGAAAAGAGAAAUGGGGUCAUCGAAUUUGAGGAAUUUGUUCAUGCACUCAACGUGUUCCAUCCUUAUGCACCUAUGGAAGAAAAAAUUGAUUUUGCGUUUAGGCUGUAUGAUCUGAGACAAACUGGGUUCAUCGAGCGAGAGGAAGUUAAGCAAAUGGUGAUUGCGAUUUUAUUGGAAUCUGAUGUGAAAUUGCCAGAUGAUCUUCUGGAGGCUAUCGUAGACAAGGCAAGCUUACCAUCAAUCUCUCUUCAGACAUUUGCUGAUGCUGAUGCUGACGGGGAUGGUAAAAUCAACGAAGAAGAAUGGAAGGCUUUUGUGCAAGAUGUUUUAAAGGCUUCAGCUUCUCCCAAAACUGCUUCGCUUCGCGAGUCGCGAGUCACUGGGAUUGGAGGCUUUCAACUGGAUCAGAAAAGUCUACUACUUGAUAACAAGGAAGGAUCCGCUGUAGCUUCAUUUAGAAUGAUUCAAAACCGAAGUGGCGGCAUCAUGAGAUCAUCGUAUGGUUCAUCCUGGCUCAUCUUUGGUCUAAUCCAACCUCUUUGCCGCGCAGUGAGAAUAGCAACUUUUUGUAAUGAAUCUUAG